GUGUUCAACCUUUGUGAGUUUAGACUUUUUUUCUAUGUUAGCGGUCGCCAUUUUAAACCCGCUGAUGUCAUUUCCCCCUGCCACUCCUGUGUAAUGUGCAUGCUCCAAAGUUUUUUUCCAUUUGACCCCACUACGUCAUUACGCUCCCUCCUACUAUGCCAUACGGCUAUCCUUCACCUCUUGUGGCGCCAUUUUAAGUAUUGCUGCACAUCAAUCAGGUCAGGACAUGUUAACUUUCUUAUAUUGCCUCUUUUUCUGACAUUACCCUACAGCAAAACAGCAGCAUGGUUACAGAAGCAUGGAAACCAUUUUUAUGAAGUUGCUGCGCAUGUAAUUUUUUUUAUAUAUGUAUAUAUAUAUAUAUAUUUAUAUAUAGACACACACACACACACAAUUGUUUCCAGACACUCCAUCCGACGCUGCCCUAGAUCCAACUCAAGCCCUCCCUCACCUUGUGGCCUAAUCGCCUGUCUUGUGGCGCCAUUUUUCGAUUUGCUGCGCAUCUCUCAGGUCAGGACACAUUAUCUUUCUGAUAUUGCCUCGUUACCCUACCGCAAAACAGCAGCACUGUAAAACAAGCAUGCAAACCAAUUAUAUGAUGUUGUUAGCGCAUGUAAUAUUAUUAUUUUUUUUUGUUUUUGUUUUUUUUUUAAUAGGAUUGUUUCCAGACAUUCCAUCCAUCUAUUAGUAUUGUUCAAUAGAAGACAUGUCUACUGAAGAUGACGAAUUGCCUACAAUGUCCUCCUCUGAAGAUCGGUAUCUGGAUCUAUUGAGGAGAAUGAGAAGUCGACCAGAAGUCACUAAUCUUCGUGACUGUUUCCCCUACAAUCCUCCUCUUUCCAAAAAGCAAAACAUAAGAGCAGCAAAUGAAGUAGAACAAGAAGAAAGUGAGCACCCUACAGAAAUAGUUAUCAAUCCAGAUGUUGAACGUCUGGGAAACAGCAAUUGGUGCAACUGUGGAAACUGCACGCCUAUGGCCACCAUUAUGGAAUCUAUGUGUUGUCACGACGAACCGGCAAUAUUUGCUAUGAUACCAACUGAGGAUGGCUGCAUUAUCCAGGCCGAUAGGUUCCCUAAUGAGUUCCUAAACAUAGAAUGUGCUGAUUGGGCGUACAAGAUUACCAACUUCAAUGUGAAAAAACAACCAAAGGAAGAUAAAUACAUGAGGGGUCUUCGAAAGGCAACAUACCGGAGCUUCAGUGUAUGGAUCUAUGGAUAUUUGGGAACGGGAGUACGCAAAGUAAUUCCGUUGUGUGCCGUUAAUGCCAUUCGAAAUGCAUACCCUGACCCAAAAGGGAAAUAUGUAGGUUUCCUGAAUGCCUACGAUUACCCUGCUGAAUAUAUGAUUGAUUAUUAAAAAUGUUUAGUUUAUAAUGUUGUAAAUGCUCAGUAACGCCAAAAAUUUAAUUUUCUUUAAGUUAUUUUAAUUUAUUGUACUAUUCUCAUGCAGUAGUAAAAUUGGUGUAUGCUUCAGACUCUUUACCCCAAAUUUUAAAACUAAUAUUUGCUCUAUAGACAUGGUGGCCGGCAUUCAAAAGAUUUGUUAGACUUCAGAUAACAAAUGUACAUUCUAUACUUCCAACACAGUGUUUUAAACUUUUCCACUUAAAGGGAUACUGUCAUGGCAAAAAAACAUUUUCAAAACAAAGUUAAUAGUGCUGCUCCCGCUUAAUUCUGCAAUGAAAACAAAUUUUCAAAGGAGCACACAGCUUUAGUUAAAAUUAAUUUUGAGUUUUGACAGGGGGCUCGCCCUUAUGUAAAUUUCCCAGCUGACUCCAGUCAUGUGACUUGUGCUCUAAUAAACUUCAAUGACUCUUUCCUGUUG